AUGAUCGGAGAGCCCGAAAGCGCGGGCGAAUCUCGGCGAUCAGUCGAGCAGGGCGAAAAAGAACGAGGGGCUCAUCGGCCGAGAUCUGAUACAAGCACGGGCCAGUAUGUUCUGCAGCCCGGAAACACGCUUCUCGAAGCAAAUCAUAAACGGCUGCUGUUUGGGGCCCCCGCAGCACUGAGCAUGUUCGAGGCGACCCUGCUGUGCUUCAGGGGUAAAGGUUAUUCGACCCCCCUCCCCCUCAUCUCUGGCUGUUUUGGGAAGGUCGAAUGGUUUCAGGACUAA